UCUCUGUCAGGCCGCUCAGCCCUUUCCUGGGAUGCACCCUGUAGCAUUGCUCCAUGGUUCCAGACGCACCGAGCACCGGCAGCAUGCCAGCAGGCUGCCUCUUUACAUGAUGCAGCUGUACCGGACCAUGCUGACCGAGGACCGGGCCAAGACCACGACCGCCACCGUGGAACAUACCAAGGCGGAGGACAGUGCCGGUCUGCAUGACUCCGACUCCGUGAUCAGCCUUGUCGCCAAGAGCUGCCAGCAGAUUGGCAACAGGUGGUCCAUCACCUUUGACAUGUCUUCCAUGUCUUCAACUGAUUAUGUCCAACUGGCUGAACUCCGCAUCCGCCUGCCUGCCUUCACAGAGUCUUCCCAGGCCUCAGUAAACAUCUACCACUCUGACAGGGAUGGGUGCUUUGGCAUGCACUGCUCAGAGAACAGGCUGUUCGUGGGCCGCCUAAGAGCUCAUCCCAGUUCAAUGGACUCCCCGUCUUCCUGGAAGGUUUUCAACAUGACAGAGUUGCUCCAUCACUGGCUGCAGCGGGGAGACCCCAUUCAGAGGACUGAGGAAGGUGAAGUUGAGAUGGAGCAGGAAGGGCAGGAACAGGAAGGAGUCCAGCACCCUACAGCUGACCGGGUGAUGAUGGUGGUCUUUUCAAGGCAGAACCCAAACGCUCAGCGAAUGCCAACCCUCAUCCGCACAGCAGAGCACUCCAAAUACGUCAGCCUCGACAGGGAGCGAGUGACGGCUGGCUCUGGUUCAAGGAGGGGAAGACGCAGGGCAAAGAGGCACCACCAUAUGGAGCAACAGAAACAUAGAGUUUCUGAAGCUGUUUCUGCCAGCAAGCCCACAGAGGAGAAGGGUCCUCUCUGCAGGAAGGUGGACAUGUGGGUGGACUUUGAGAAGCUCGGCUGGAGCGAUUGGAUUGUUUAUCCCAAGCGGUACAACGCUUAUCGCUGUGAAGGUAGCUGUCCUACACCAGUGGAUGUAACCUUCACUCCAACAAAUCAUGCAUUCAUGCAGAGCCUUCUGAAGCUUCACCACCCAAACAAGGUGCCAUGUCUGUCCUGUGUGCCAACACGCCUCGCUCCACUCUCCAUGUUGUACUAUGAGAAUGGGAAGAUGCUAAUGAGGCAUCAUGAGAACAUGCUGGUGGAAGAAUGCGGAUGCCACUGA